GCUGCUGAGUCACUGAGUGAAACUGCCAAUGAUCAGAUUCAGGAAAACUUUGAUAUAAAUCAGUUUCUUGGGACAUGGUUUGCACUUGCAACUGGAUGUAAUUGUUCCUGGUUCAAUCAAUAUAAGGAAGUAAUGACAAUUCACAAGAUAGUAUUAUCAACAUCCGAGGAAUCAAAUACAUUCAUUGGCACCUUUCAUUAUGAUCGGAAUGGAACCUGCAUUCAGCAUGUGGGACGUUACAUGAUGAAAGACAUUGCAGGACACUUUGUAUUUAAUUCCACUGGAGCCUAUGUAGGAGCAGCAGACAUUCGAGUCGUCAAAGUUAACUACCAAGAAUAUGCAUUUCUCCUGAUCAACAUGUCAAAAGGAGUUAACCAUUCAAAGUCAGUGAACCUGUACGGAAGGACAAGGAAACUUACAAAGGAGACCACUGAAGAGUUCAAAGAGUUUGCGUUGAGACAAGGGAUCCCAGAGGACAUGAUCUUAUUUCUGCCUGAGAAAGGAGCAUGUGUUCCAAGGGACCCCAUCCCAGAGUCAUCAGUCAAGGAUCGCAAACGGCGAGCAUUGGACAAGAUGAGGAAGGGUCUGUCCUUGGCGACUUCGUGAGCAUAACUCAUACUGCAGGAGACGCUGAGCUUCUGGUUGUUUCCAAGAAAAUGUAGCUGGAAGUAAAAUCAAAAAGCAAUGACAGCAACGUUGGAAAUGACCAUUAAAGAGAUGAUUUUGAGUGAUCCAUCAGACACGUUGUACGGCCUGAUCCUAAAGGGUAGAGGGUGGGAGUUUACACAAAUU